CAGGCGUAUCUGUUAUCAGCGCGAUAUGCUACUUGUUGACUAUCUGAUAACAUCGUGCUUGCGAAACGGAUCUGCAGUCAGCUCCCGCAGGUGAUUCAUUCACCGCCAGUUUAACCAUCGAGUUAGUUUGGUUUCGUCUUCGGGAUCAGUGAUAAGUGUUCGAUGUUCAGCAGACUUAGCAUUCAACUGGAGUGUAGUUGGCAGGAUGGCCGUAAAUAAGGUACCUCCAGAUGGUGGUUACGGUUGGACAAUAGUUGCCGGAUGUGCUCUCAUAAACAUAUUCAACCAAUCACUUAUCUCGGUGUUUGGUUUAAUGUUUGGUGAUUACCUGAGUUCUUUGGGAGAGAAUGCCUUUGGAGCGGCUCUAGUUAUGAACAUCUGCAAUAUAUCAUUGAAUUUUUCCGGAUUAUUCACCGGACCGAUCAUCAAAAAGCUGAAAGCAAGGCGAGCAACGGUUCUGGGCACUUUACUAACCGGAUGUGCUUUGACGUUGUGCUCAUACGCGACUGAAAGAUGGCAAAUCAUAGUUGCGUACAGUGUAGGUUUCGGAUUUGGGCUGGGUUUAAUCCAGUCGGCGACUUUCGUGGCCAUCAAUUCGUACUUCCGAAAUAAUAAAGGUAAAGCAGUUGGAUUUGCUCUGGCCGGAACGGGGAUCGGACAAAUUCUGAUGCCAUUGUUGGUCGAUUUUUUAUUGGAUAACUUUAGCUUUCGUGGCGCUACACUCAUCAUUGGUGGAUUAGCUUUCAACGGAGUUGUUGGUGCAUCUUUGCUGCAACCAGUAGAGUGGCACAUGAAAACUGUAGCUGAUGAAGAAUGGAAUAGUGAAAGACAACCGCUUAUAGAGAGUCGAACUCCAAACCAAACCAAAGAAUCCGGAUGGUCUAAGCUAGCUGCUCUAAUGGAUGUUGCAAUUCUUAAAAGAUUCUCGUUUCUUAAUAUGAUUAUUGGACUGGGUUUAGCUUAUACAGCUACGAGCAGUUUUUCUUUAUUUUUCCCCUACUUCCUACAAAAAACCGCGAAUCUUGAUAUGCUUCAAGCGGCCAAUUGUAUGUCCAUUCUCUCAACAACGGAUCUUCUGACGAGAGUCACCGUGCCUGCUCUGGUGGACAAAAUGAAGUUCUCACAUCGAAACACUUUCUUGUUGGCUGGACUUUGCCUUGUCAUUGCCCGAUCCGUUAUGGCGGAGAUGCGCAGUCUGGUGGCACUAAUGCUAACCUCAGCUGUUUAUGGGAUUUUUCGUUCGAUUACAAUCGUCAACCAAAAUCUAACCAUCUCCGAAUAUUGCAGCGAGAACGGGUUGGAUCGAAUGCUGCCAAAUGCGUUGGGGUUUAAUAUGAUAGCUAAGGGUGUUUUAGUUUUAAGUUUAGGUCAAGCUCUCGGGUGGUUUGUGGACUUCAGUGGAAGCUAUGCACUGACGCUGCACGCGCAAAAUUUGCUCUUAAUUUCAACCUGCAUUUUGUGGUUGUGUGAGAUGUAUAUUAGGCGAAAGCAAUGAUAGCGAAUAAUAGCGUAAGAAGCAUUAGUUAAAUAUACCUCCCUGAGAUGUGACGAAUUUU